GCAAUGGAAGACUUAUUCAGUCAAUACUAAUUAAGUCUUCCGUUGACAAUGUAUUUGUUUUGUCUAACGUAAAUGCUAUCCAACUUUCUUAAUUUGAACAAGCUUAUCAUGAAAGAGUUUAUUUAGCAAUGUUUUCUUCUAGUCGAAUGUUGUAAGAAAACCUUUCAAAAUGUUAUUCUCUCCAACGUUGCAUCGUGAGUUCAUUUGCUGUAUUGUUCCUAUUGUUCUAAAUUAUUGUUUAUUGCCGACGUAAUGUUGUUUUCUGAUAUAAUUUAUCCGUUGUUUGUUCUUUGAAACAAUCGCUCGGAAGAAUCGGGGUGCGCAUCUCGGCCCGUCAAGUCGUACUCGUACUCCACAGUUUCUAUUUUAAACAAUUUUAAGACACCGACUGCAAGAUGAGGAAUGAGUUUGUUAUUUCAUUUUUCUUUUAUAUCGGAUUUACUUCCGGACAUACAGUUCCCACGAGCAUUACUAAGUUCACGACAGGGCACAGUGUGGCAAAAAAUUCUGAAACGACAGAUAUUGAUGUAACAGAUACGCCUAUUUUAUUACCUGACGACACAACAUUUAGAACAAUACCUAAAUUUGAUCUCGAAGAUCAUAGAAACAUUAUUAAUGACUCGGAAAUAUUAAGUCAAGGAGUUGAUAGUCCAAAUAAUAUAAAUGGUCGAUCAUUCAUUUUUAUUCGUCAAAAGUUUAAAAGUCCUAUGCUGAAUUUAUUUCACUCACAGAUGCUGAAUCCUAACGAUGUGAUAAACGCAUCACCAAAAUCAGCAUUGUCUAAUAUAGACAACGAUAAAUUUGAAGAAUUGAGCCGAAGAUUUGCUACCUUGAAUGUUGCCAAUCCUCCCAAAGAUAAAAUUGCUAUGGAAAAAAUGUCCAAGACGCUUGAUAAAACACAAGGGACUCUACUUAGCCAAUUGUGCUAUAGUAGGUUGAAGUUGGAAAACGAUGGAAUGGUAAAUAAAAUAAAAGACAAACUAAAAGUUCAGGAUGUAGAAAAGGCUGCAAACGAACAUCGUGAAUAUCUAGAGCUGCUAAAGCCCCCACUGUUGCGCAAAGCAUAUAAUGAGGAUGUUCCGAAACUAGCAAUACACGAAAUGGACCGUCAAAAGAUUGAACCUUCUAAUGUGUCGCCGUAUGUACGUAACCAAGACACAGCUUUAACUUUCGCGAAAAUAUCAUCAAACUUAAGAGAUAGCUUUAUAAAAAAGUAUAACAAAGAUAGUCGUUCUUACAAGCCUAAAGGUACUUAUACUAAAAAUAAAGUAACAAGCCAUCAGCACAACAAUCAACAUAAUCUGCACGAUGUUACAUUUCAUAACGUGGAAGAAAAUGUUGUGCGAAAAGGGAACGAAGAAAACACCGACGAUUAUAAAGGUAUAGGUAAAAUAUCCAAAAACAAUUUUGAAGCUAAAGCAAAAGAUAAUAAAAUGAAACCAGCUCACGUAAAUCGAAUUCACUAUUGUCAUGAUUGUGGAAAAAACGUGAAUAGUGAUCCUUAUCAUAGGAAGAGAAUCGAAGCGGAUUGCAAAUGUGGUCGUCACGUUUAUUUGAAAGGGCGCUCUGAAUGGGAAGAUCAGGAACCUGGUCCUAUCACUCCGACUGACAAGCAUCAAAUAACAGUACGUUACAGCCCUACAGAUAACAAAGAAGAGAAGGCCAUGAUAGAUGUUGCGAUAGCUAGAAAUCCACAUUUAUAUUAGUUGUCUGUAUCCAUGCGAUUCUUGAUAACAAUUCGAAUCUAUACCUAA